AUGCCUGAAACGGUCUCAACAGCUGAAAUUCAAGGAUGGUUGACCCAAAUUGAAAUGCGCCUCAAUGAAAUUUGCACAAUAUCGGGUGAAGGUAAAUUGAAUACGGACCAAAAAUUGAGAAUAAGCAACCUUACAAAGAGCGUCAUGGGUGGAGUCUCGCAGCUAGCCGUUCAAUACCAGUCGGCCAAGAUGAAUUAUUUACUUUGUCAUUCCCAAGUGAAGACCUUAACCCAGCAAAGAGACUAUAGCACCCAACUUCAUGAACUUAAGCAGUACCUGCAAGAAGCACCUAAAACUAUCGAAGUGACGCAAUCCUUCGCCGACAUGGUCAGAACCGGAAAAACUUCCACUGUGGUGCCAACCAAAACCAGUAGCAUCGCAAUUUACCCCGCCGAUAAGGAGAAAUCCAGUGAGGAUACUAAAAAACUGGUCCAAAACUUAAUCAAGCCCGAAGCCCUCAAACUACAUGUUCGUGGUAUGAGAAAGACAAAAAAUGGUGGUGUCAUAAUUAGCACCGAUAGAAAGGACGACCUCGAAAAGCUCAAAGCGUCCCAGCAGCUCCAACAAUCAGGACUGAAACUAGAAGACACUGCGAAACGGAGACCCAAGAUAAUUUUACUGGGGAUACCGACGAACAUGCCCGAAAAAGAUGUGUUUGACUGUAUAUUCGAACAAAACAUACUAGACCCGCAACCUAACUUCUCCAGAGAUGUUUUUUAUGAACUCAGUCAAACUCAGUCAUAAAUCAGGCAAAAAGGACAUUUCUACCUGCAACUAUAUUUUGGAAUGUUCAGCCGAAAUCAGGAGAAUGCUUAUACAGCAGCAGCAUGUAUAUAUAAAUUGGUCUUCCUGUCCUGUACGAGACUUCGCC